GCGGGUUGCGCAGGCGCAGAGAGCCCGGUCCCGCUGGUUGAGGUAGCCGCAGGUGAGGGGGCCGUGGGCGCACCUGUGGGGCGGGAGCGGCGAGUUCACGCCCCGGUGGGUGCUGUUAGCCGCCAGACCGGGCUCGGGGCUGAGGCUAGCCUCCAGGAGGGGCCCCGAGAGAGGUCGGGGGCGGGCCUGAUUGGCCUCUGUCCUCAGAGCGGGAUGCGGUGACGGCCCUGAGCGACCAUGGCAGCGGCAGACGAGCUGGCCUUCCACGAGUUCGAGGAAGCUACUAAUCUGCUGGCCCAGACCCCAAAUGAGGCCACCACCAGAGGUGAUCAGCUGGUCCCCCAGCGGCACGUGGCUGUGGCCAUGGACUCAGGUGGCAGCUACGGAGCUGAGGACGAGGUGGAGGAGAGUGACAAGACCGCGCUCCUACAGGAGGAGAAGCAGCAGCCUGGUUUCUGGACCUUUGGCUACUAUCAGAGCUUCUUUGACGUGGACACCGCACAGGUCCUGGACCGGAUCAAAGGCUCGCUGCUGCCCCGGCCUGGCCACAACUUUGUACGGCACCGUCUGCGGAAUCGGCCAGACCUGUAUGGCCCCUUCUGGAUCUGUGCCACACUGGCCUUCGUCUUGGCUGUCACCGGCAACCUGACCCUGGUGCUGGCCCAGAGGAGGGAUCCCUCCAUCCACUACAGCCCCCAGUUCCACAAAGUGACCGUGGCCGGCACCGCCAUCUACUGCUACGCGUGGCUCGUGCCGCUGGCGCUGUGGGGCUUCCUGCAGUGGCGCAAGGGUGUCAGGGAGCGCAUGGGGCCUUACACCUUCCUGGAGACGGUGUGCGUCUAUGGCUACUCCCUCUUUGUCUUCAUCCCCACUGUGGUCCUGUGGCUCAUCCCUGUCCCCUGGCUGCAGUGGCUCUCCGGGGCCCUGGCCCUGGCCCUGUCAGCCGCGGGCCUGGUGUUCACCCUGUGGCCCGUCGUCCGUGAGGACAGCCGGCUGGCGGCUGUGCUGCUGCUGUCCGUGGUGGUGCUGCUGCACGCCCUCCUGGCCACGGGCUGUAAGUUUUACUUCUUCCAGCCGCUGCCUCCGGAGCCCGCGGCUCCUCCCCACCAGGCCACAUCUCAGCCCCCAACCGUAGUACUGUCACCGCCCCCGCCAAGGUCCGCAGCAGCCUAGGAAGGCUGGAGCCCGCAGGUGAGGAACUGUUUCCGGCUGUGGCUGAGGGGGUCUCCGGCCCCCAUCCCAAGGUUAGAAGUCAUGGGGCCACUCCUAGGAGUUUCUCUCUUUCAGGCCCAACAUAAGGGGGUGCCUCUGCCUGCCCUGCCCCCCAGAUGGUGACUGAAGGCUCCCCUGAGACCUCGAGAUGAUUUUGCUACUUUCCAGACUUUUCUUACAAAGCAAACACUUUUAUUUUCUAUGCAAAGGUGAUUCAGAGAAUUUAUAUAAAGGCGGGAGAGGGGCAGAGCAGGGAGCUUCCAGGGCAGCCAUCGCCCCACAGGCCACCGGCCAGGAUGGGCGGGCAGCGCAGGGGGCCACCCCAGCCUCGGCUGUGCCUGCUCUUCCUGGGGGACCCAGUUAGUGGGCCUUGGGCCUAGCCUGAGCUCCACCACAUCCGAGUUUGGGGUGUUAGAAACUGGGAGCAGAAGUAGAAGAAAAUUGCCUGUGCUGAAACGUACAUUUCCUUCUUUAUUGGUUUUUUUUUUUUUUUUUCUUUUCUUUUUUUCUUUUUUUGGAGAGGUCCCUGCAAGGCCCCUUCCCAGGCUGGGGAGGGACCAAAAUGCCAUCAUAGUAGUAGGGACUGGAGCAUCUACAAAUACUGAAGGGGAUACACAGGCCUAACGUUAGCUACAAGGAAAAAGGAUGCCUUCCACGACAGACCCUUGAGGUUUCUGUGUCUGCUCAAGCGGCUGACAGUGACCCUUCCCUCCAGGCCCAGGGCCCACGGGGCCACCUGUUCUAGCUCUUGGUGUGGGUGUGGGACCUGCAGGGGCUCAGGGACAGGACAGCAGCAAGUGGCAGGGGCCGAGGACGGAGGGCCUUCCCGACAGCCGGGUGGGUUGUACAUUCAAGUGUGAGGUGAACCCUUUGGUGGGAGGGGGCCGAGGGGCUCCAGAGGCCUGGCCCCGCCCCAUCCCGAAGACUCGGCAGGGCUGCCCCUCGCCACCGAGCCUCUGAGUUGGGGAGAGGGGCUGCUGGCUCGGCCCGGCCGGCCUGAUGUCUCGGAGGGUCUGUGGAUUGACACUGGUUCUUUUUGUAAAAAAAUAAAAUUAAAAAAAGCAGCAUGUCA